AUGGCGCACGCGCGCGACGCCAUCAUCGGCGCGGGCGAACGAGAGAUCGAAACGAUCGUGCGCGAGUUGUCGAUCUUAGCCAUACCCGUGAACGACGCGAUCGAGGACGACGACGCGCUGCGAGACCUGGAUGACGCGCAGAAACGAUGCGUCGAACUCGCGUUGCGCGGGGAAAACGUGUUCGUGUCGGGCGUGGGCGGGACGGGGAAGUCGAAGGUGCUGCGGGCGAUUCGUACGAGUUUGAAGCGCGCGGGGAAAAUGACGGCGACGACGGCGUCGACGGCGAUAGCGGCAGAGGCCGUGAAUGGGACGACGCUGUUCGCGUUCUGUGGCUUGGGAUUAUCGAAGACCGUCGAUGGGUUUGGAUUUGCUAGCGAUUUGACGAAGCAGCGGGUGCGCGAAUGCGACGCCUUGCUCGUCGACGAAGUCUCGAUGCUCAGCGGCGAGCUUUUCGAUAGACUCAGCUACCAUUUGAAGCGAAUUCGAAGCGAUCCUCGUCCCUGUGGUGGGAUCCAAAUGAUACUUUUCGGUGACUUUUUGCAACUCGGUCCGGUGGAUAAUACGGAUGAGCGAAUGGCGACUGGGCGAGGGUUCUGUCCGGCGCUGUUUCUGAAUCGCGGGUGGAUGUUUGAGUCGUGGACUUGGCGAGAAUCGAACAUCAAAACUGUGUACCUCGAGACUGUGUAUCGACAGCAGGGUGAUAUGGCAUUUGUCAAUGCAUUAAAAAACAUUCGCACCGGCGAACCAGGCGCGGUGGAGGAAUUCCAAGCGCUGUACACGCAGAAUGAGCGCGAGGUGCAAGUCGGAGCCUCGGCGCUGAGGAUAGUAGGCACAAACGACAAAGCCGAGAGCGUGAACAAAAAGGCAUUGAUGACUCUACAAUCUAAGUGUUAUACGUUCACUGCUGUUGAUAGAGUCCAGGUACCCGAUAUUGAUAACGAGCAAGAGAGAGCCAGGCGCAUGAGCGAGCUUCAUCGUUUAUGGGUAUCCCUGAGCGCCAAGAAGAAGUGCCGUAUCGCUCAAAAAUUGGAGUUGAAAACGGGAGCAAAAGUAAUGAUGCUGAAGAAUUUGGACGUAUGCCUCGUUGUCGAUGGUAUCGUCACGCGGAAGCGGCUGGUGAACGGAGCGCGUGGUUUCAUCGCGCGAAUGGAGUCAGCAGUCAUAUGUCUUGACGAAAUAAGAAAGAUGAAGGCGAACAUGGAAAAGGCGUGCGACAUCCCAUCCGAGAGUUUAGAGCACGGAAUAAAGGCUCUCGAUGAUCAAGUCGAGUGGUUAGAAGGACAAUUGAAACGAGACGACAAGAUCGCUGUUCCGUACGUCUUUUUCAACAACUUUCACGAGAAGGCCAUACCAAUACUUCCGUACGAUUUCGAGUUUGAAACAGCUGGGCUCGGCUCAAACAUACGAAAGCAGAUUCCUCUCGCGCUUGCUUGGGGGGUAACGGCUCACAAGUCCCAAGGCAUGUCACUCGACGAGGCAUAUGUAGAUUGUUCAAACUUCUUCGCCGCGGGACAAGCCUACGUGGCGUUGUCUCGCCUCCGUAGUCUCUCCGGAUUGAAGAUGACAGGAUUCAACCAGCAAGCAGUGAGAACGUCUCCCGUAGCGAAGAGUUUCUACGACGGAACGAGUCAAACUACACCAGAUGCGCCUCGAGGCUGGUGGAACUACAACUCGGCGAACUAUCGCAAUGACCAGCAAGGGAAGAUACUUGAAACGUUGAUUCGUAGUAGAGCACCAUUUCCGCCAGAGCACACGCUCGAAGUUCAUGACCUGGCGCUUAAACAAAAUGACAGAACUUGGAGGUGCCAAUCGUGUGGUGCAGUCCCUCAACAACGAUCGCAGGCGUGCAAGAGCCGCGAUCAGGCUCGGCUCGACGAGCAUCCCUGA